AUGACGCAGCCUGGCUGCAGCGGACAGGUCUACACCUUCCAUCGGAGUAACAUCCACGAGCGACGGCCGGCCGCCACCUUUGCCCGGCUAGUCCCGCUCUUCAGCUUCCUCCUGGUCGUCGCUGUGGCGGCCAUUGGCUUCGCGCUUUGCGACCGGCUCUUGCUCGCCCUGUGCGCGAUCCUGAACACCAGCCUCUGCCUGGGCAUGAGCUACAGCGGGGUCCUGUGCCUCCUGGGCGUGCGGAAGGUGGCGGAGGAGCUGCGCCGCGAGGCCGCGGAGCUGCCGCAGGAAGAUGGCAUCCAGCAUGUCAUCAUCAUCGCCAACUACAAGGAGGACUUGGAGAUGCUGGCGCAGACCCUUACCUCCCUGGCGCAGGCGCACGGGUGCCAGGGCUUCCACGUGGUGCUGGCCAUGGAGGCUCGGGAGGGCGUGGCAGCUAGGGAGAAGGCGGCUCAGCUGACCAAGAGCUUCAGCCAACACUUUGCCUCGCUGAGAAGCACGCACCACCCGGAGGAUCUGGUUCAAGAGCACAAAGAUGGCUCGUGGGACCCGGAGAUCCCGGGGAAGGCCUCCAACCUGAAGUGGGCGGUCCGCGAAGUGUACGGGGACUUGCUCAAGGCGGGCAAUGACGCUUCCUCUCUGCUGCUCACAGUGGCGGAUGCGGACGUGCUUUUCCACCCCCGAUACUUCAACCACAUCGCCCACGACUUCAGCUACCUCCGCCGAUUUGGAGGUGGCGAGCACGAGUGGACCCUCUGGCAGGCGCCGCAGCUGCCCUUCCGGAACUACUUUGCGUCCCCUGCCUGCUCCCGGGUCUGGGCAUACGUGGCCUCCAUGUACGAGUUCGGCGGCGUGGCAGGGCUGAGCCUGGGCGGUGACCACUUCGUGUUUAGUACCUACUCCAUGCCUUUCCGCCUGGCGGUCGAGGCCGAGGCGCACGAGGGGGAUGUCAUUGCGGAGGACCACCAUUGCUACAUCCGCUGCUUUCUCUACAAUGCCAUGCAGACAGCCAAAGCCUCACCCGGGCAAGGCGCGCGGACGCGGCUGAGACCCGUUUUCCUGCCAGUCAAAGCCACGUCGGUGGUGUCGGAUGGAGGCGCCUGCCAGACGUGGAUUGACAGGUGGUUUCAAGCCAAGCGUCACGCGCAGGGCGUCGCAGAAGUCUCCACCAUUGUUCUGGCCGCGCUGGACGCCUCUCGCCAGCUGCCACGACACGCGUGGACCACCUCAUUGGCCAUUUCUAUGGCGAGGAUGGCAGGGAGGCUGAUGUACAUUCACAUGUUGCCGUCUUGCCAGUUCGUUGCGAUGUUUUUCCUGACCUUGGAUUGGCUGUGUAGCGGAUUCAAGAUCGAGCUGUGUAGCACGCCGCAGAACUCCAGGGAGGUGCUCCUGUGCGGGGCAGCUGGGAUCUGGAACCCCGCCUGGCCCGCGGUGCCCAUCACAGUGUUCAUCAUCCUGGGCAGCAUCUCCAUGGUCUCCGUGAGCUACCUGCGGCCCCUGGAGCAAGGAGUCGGGUAG